AAUUAGUAUAGUCAUGCAAUUUGCACCAUGGAUAUCAAAAAAGGUACAGAAAUUUGUAAUAUUCAAUAUUAAAAAAACUCAUUUUUCAUUAUUUUUUGCACUUUAUCGCUUAUCGCUUAUCAAACUUAAAAUGGCCGUAAAUCAAACUCUGAUAAUCUCCAUAUCCGAGAAAAAAGUUAUCAAUAUUAACCAGAACAGAAAACGUCAAUUUCGUCCAGAGACUUGGAAAGAUAAUGUAGCAAAACGUCGCCGUAAUCGAGGUGAACCUUACGUGUCUCGCAAUAACAUUCCCAGGGCUGGCAAAAAUGCGCCGACAAUGGUAUGAACUCAAGUGUUGUUUAAAGUGACAUAUUAAUAAUAAGUGCACUGUUCAGGUUAAAGUUUGCUCUGCUCGAUGCCCACAUAAUGGUUGCGUCCUUCUCACCCUGCCAGAAAAAUUGCAGCUAUUCCAAGAGUAUUAUAAUAUGGGGACUUACGAAUUGCAGAGAACCUAUCUCUUAGGUUUGAUGGAUAACCUAGGCCACAACGGGAAUGGGAACAUAUUCGAGUAUCACAUAAAGAUUGGUGGAAUACGGCGAACGGUUUGCAAGAGGACGUGGCAAGAUACUUUCCAAAUUUCAGAGGCAGUUGUAAAAUCAAUGCAGGAAAAAUGUGAGCGUGGUCACAACAGUGGGGGACGCCAUACAAACCACACAGUUAAUCCAGCCGCCCUUAAUGUCGCAAUUAUGGCGCACAUUAACACAUACCCAAGAUAUGAGCAUCACUAUUGCACUGCAAAGCUUGGACAAUUCUACUUGUCGCCGGACCUAACUUUGGAUGCUAUGUUUGCCGAUUUUGUUAUCAAGCAUCCUAUGAUUGCCGACGCCCACAGAAAGGAACAAGUCUAUAGAAGAUGUUUCCGGGAUAGUAACUUGACCAUUGGACACACGUACACUGAUACUUGCCGAAAAUGUGACAUUCUUGAUGUGGAACUUAAAAUAGCUCGGAGAAAUAAUAACGUGCGUCAGAUUGAUGUGGCGGUGGACGCAAGGCGUGUACAUCUCGAUUUCGCUGCUAUUGCCAGAAAUCAGCUUAUUCAGGACGAAUUGCGAAGCCAGAAUGACCCUGAAUUUGUCAUGAUAUGUGGUGAUAUGCAGAAGUUUUCUAUAAGCGACAGUUAAGCACAUACAACUACUGCUUGUAUCUUGGAAGAACAGGUCAUGGAACAAUGGCAGUUUGGAACGAAUCUGUGGGAAAUCGGGGAGUUGAUGAGGUUUGUUCUACUGGAGUAUAUAGCCACAAAUUUUAUUCGGCUGCAGCCUGGUCAGGAAAGGACACUUAUCUUCUGGUGUGACCGAUGUCGUGGCCAAACAAACAAUUACCAGAUACUAUGUUUUUUCAAAUUUCUCAUUCAAGAAGGAUAUUUCACUGCGGCUGAACAGAAACUCGCUCCCACGGGCCACUCGUACAUGCCAGCAGACCGGUUAUUUGGCUUGAUAGAGCAGAAAAAGAAGAACGCUUCCGUUAUGGUCCCAGACGAAUGGAUUAAUAUUAUCCGUUCAACCUGUGUUCAGCGUCCAUUUAAUAUACAACGAAUGACACAAAUGAACAUUUACAAUUUCAAGGGGAUGGAGGAGUUUAUUCCAAGGCCAGCCAGUUUAAAAGUCAGUGAAAGUUGCUGGUUUCGGGUGACAGCAGCAAGUCCUUCAUUGAUUCUUACAAGAGAACAUUUCGCCCCUGGAUUUUGGACGGAGCACAUAAUAAGACAACCUCAUAUCAGUGGACCAAUUGGUCGUCGCCCGCAUUGGAACGGUCAAUGUUUAGCUCCCUUUGUUCUUGUAGUUAAAUACAAUCAUCCUAUUCCUAUUUCAAGAGAAAAACAUGACGACCUCAUGUCUAUGCUCCCAUUACUUAUGCCAGAGUAUCGCCAAUUUUACAGGAAUUUGCCUCGCGCAUGAGGAAGUUCAAGUAUUUAUAUUUUUUAAGCUUGUCCUUGCGUUACAUACAUCAUUUCCACCUGUUACCUCGUAAAUGUAUGAUUAUUUAAAAAGAUGCGAGUAAACUUUAAACCAUGUUAAAGAAAAGUUAUAAUAAUUUAGAGUUUCUGUACCGUAUUUGAUAUCCAUGGUGCAAAUUGCAUGACUACACUAAAUUUAAAUUUGUUUACAAGUUGUUUUUCGAUUCACGUCCUCAAUUUUAUAGAGAAUUUGGUAUAAAAGGGUACGAUAGGGAGAGGUCUAAGGAAAUGAAGGAGAAAGUUCAAAGAGUUGGGGAGAAAUUUUGGUCAAAAAAGUGUAGAAUAUUGUCAUCUCACCACCACCACACAAUAGUAACUCGAUUACUUCUCCAACCUCUCCCAAAUCCAAAUUCAGAGAUGAAAUAAGCUUCCGACAAAAGAAGUAUUUUUAGUUAGCUAGGUCACCCUCACCUCCCAAUCCUUGCACAUCCCUCCGCACCACCUACCUUUUCCAUCUCUUCAUCCUGCACACUAAAUUCCUACCGUUUCUGACCGCUGCCUCCCUUUCCAAAUUCCAAAAUAUUUCUCCACAAGAAUCACAUUCAGCAUGUCGUACCCAAAUGGUUUCGCGUUGUUGGAGGAGGAAGAAGAAGUUUUGCAGAUUCAAGUCACUGCACGUGGGUCUGCUCAAGACAUUUCUCUUCAUCGAUAUGUGGCUUCACAAGUAUCAUCUGAUGGUUACAACAGUAACGAAGUGGCAUCAUCACGACUUGACACCACCACUGAUUCGGCUGGUUUUCCUUUCCAUCGACAAAGUUCUUCGCCAUCGCUUAACCUUCACAAACCACGCCCCUUGCCCCCAUUCAACCCUCUGCUGACCUUCAUCCCACCGAACAACAUGUUAUACACCGCCACCUCUGCAAAUAUGCCGGCUACUUUUGUUGGGAACGAAUCGUCGUCAAUAUCGGGCCCUCCUCCUCCCCUUCCUCCCCCUGCAUCUUCAUCUGGUUCUACGUCCGACUCUCCCUUCUUUAGACGCCUCGACUCCUUCCGCCGUUCUUCCACCGAGUUCUCUCUCGCAAAUUUUCGAGCAAAUUACAACAAUGCCAACACCAGCGGAGCAACGACAACCUCUAACAAUGCGACGGACUAUGACUCCGAUUUGGGCGGAUCAGACCCAACACUUUUGGAUCCGUUGGCCGUGCGAACUUCAACAUCAAGCGAGAGUCAAGCUGUCUAUGGGAAUGAAGACAUUGUGAAAGAGCUAAAACCAGAGUAUGCUCGAUGGUUUUACAAGUAUGAAUCUGAUCGGUCAUGGACACAUUUUACGGGAUAUGACUCCAUUCGGAUGGAACAACGCUACAGAAAUCUGGUUCUAGAGAAAGAAGCAUCUGGAGAAGUAGGGUAUCACUCGACAGGAAAUUCCACCGCCACCAAUGGGUAUUAUUACAACAAUGAUCAGCAUCAUGAUUAUCAUCCUCAGCACCCCACUUCUUCUUCACCGUAUGACCAUGAGCAUUAUUAUGCCAACAGUACUACUAACCAUGAUCACAGCACUGCUGCUCACCAACAAGUAGUCAAUGAAUGCAUUGGUGCACUGAAUAACUUUCACGAUCAGCAACAUGAGACUCAUCUGCAUCCAACGCCAGCAUAUUCUGAGCAUAAUCAUGCCCAAUCCUACUACAAUAAUUAUGAUUAUGAUAAUCACGCAUCACAACCGCAUCAUUACCAUCGUUUCCACCACCCAGCAUCACAUUUUGAUAGUCGAAACGAUAAUAAUGCUCACAGUGUGUCCCCUUCCUACUCCAGGUUUUCUGCUGAGGGUUUUACGGGAGCUGCUUAUGUGCCUGACGAAGGAGUGAAAAAUGGUGGGAGGAGGAGUUCAGAUGAGGGACCAUCGACACGGAGAGAGGAGGACGCGGCGGGGUGUGGGGACAAUAUCAUCAUUGUUCGUGGUGGGUUGUACGAGGCGGACUUGGAGUCGUGGACCUGCGUUGCGACAUAUUGGCCGGGUGACAAGUGUCAAAUUACAAGGGGCACGUGGUUCUAUGAUGGGACCUGGCAGCCGUUAUCCGUCGGACAUGCAGAUAAACUAGAAGAGGAACACUUAGGACAAUUUUCUGGGGUCUCGCUGUCACUUUUUUCUCAGACAAAUAAUUCGUCUAGUCAACCGGAUAGUCCCACGAAAAAGAAUCGGCCAGUAGCGCACCGAGUCUCCUUUUGCGAAUUUCAUGUAGACUGGACCAGCCCCACAGAGAUUCAUUUAUUUAGCAAGGCUGCUUCGUAUAAAUUCAUGCGUUCUGUAGGACAAAGACUGGGAUUUCAAACUUGGGGCCAUCGACUGUGCCGUGGGUAUUUUAAGCCAGCUUCGAAAGACGAUCGACCGUCAGAGAUAAGCCACUUAGUAUUUGUAGUACACGGGAUUGGUCAAAAAAUGGAUACUGGACGAAUUGUCAGAAAUUGUGCUUCUUUCCGAGAAUGCGUGAGUUCUCUAAAGGAAAAAUUUUUUCCGCAUCUUAAUGAGACCAAGCAAAGAGCAGAAUUUUUCCCUGUUGAAUGGAGAUCUGCAGCAAAGCUUGAUGGAGAUGUUGUCGAUGCCAUUACGCCGCAUAAACUGUUGAGUCUUCGUCAACUUUUGAACGCCACUGCGAUGGACAUAAUGUACUAUACGAGCCCUUUGUAUCGCACAGAGAUUCAAAACGCACUGAGAAAUGAGUUGAACCGUAUAUACUCUAAUUUUGUACAACGGAAUCCGGAUUUUAGAGAUAGAGGGGGGAAAGUUUCUGUAAUAGCGCAUUCCUUAGGAGCCGUGAUCACCUAUGACAUUAUUACUGGAUACAUGCCUCACUCACCAGACGUGCCACAUGGUCAUCCUGUCGGAUCAGAUAUAGGAAAUGGAUUAGAUAAUAAUCAGCAUAAGACUGGAGGACUGCUAUUUCAGCUGGAACAUUUCUUUUGUCUUGGAAGUCCACUCUCGGUGUUCUUAGCGUUGAGAUGGAGAGACCCCUCAAACCCAAAUUAUCGGUCUUACAUUCUACCUACUCUUUUGUGUAAACGGAUUUACAAUAUUUUCUACUCUACGGAUCCCGUGGCAUACCGGGUGGAACCAUUGCUGAAUAAGUAUUACGUUCACAUAGCUCCUUUGUCAAUUCAUACUUAUGGGGUCGUUGGCCGUCCAAAGUAUGAUGAGAUGCCAAGAGAGAGGAUUAACAAAGAGACCCAUUUCGCAAAACAACCUGACAAUCCGAUCCAAAACCAAGGUCAGCAAAAUUUUAAUGUAUACCCGGGGCAGCAGCAGCAGGAUUCCAAGUCGACGCCACAAAGGGCAACAAUACCUCUCAAGUCACCAGCAACACCAACAAAAGAAGCAAAUAACUGGGGCUGGGCCUCGUUUAUGAAAUAUCUUAAAAGUGCUGAUCCUGGAAACGGAGGAAUGAACGAUGCAGAUCUGGGAUCCGAUUUGAUAUCCCCGGAUGGAAAUUCUUCCCCUGGUCGAGAGGAGAGCAACUCAUCACCAGAAGAUUUUGCAAAUGAGAUUCCGAAUGACAUAGAAUAUCGAAUGGACUAUGUUUUGAAAGAGAGUAACUUUACGAGCACGUAUUUGGCAGCUCUGACGUCUCACACGUCGUACUGGAGUUCUCUCGACGCUGCGUUCUUUGUCCUUUGUCGCUUGUACGAAGAUUUGUUAGACCUCCCUUCGCAAACCCCUUCAAAUUCUGCAGUAUUGCAAUAAUCAUUAAAGCUUUAUCUAUUCAUAUGUAUAAUAUACGUUCGAAUAUUUAUUUGCUUUGUGCUCUUCAAUGUUGAAUUGAUUCAAAAUUUUGUCUACAAAUGCUUUUCACAUUGAUUAAUGUCACUCUCAACGGACGUCAUGAAUUCGUCAUGUAAAACUAAUGUCGAACAAUUCGCAAAAAAAUACGUCACACCAGACGUACCUUAGCUGUGAUAAUAAUCCCUUCUUUGUAGCUUUAGCUUAAUUCGCUAUUUUUCAAACUUCUUCCGUUUUAUUAAAAGUGGUUAAUGUUUCGACUGAUACAUAUAUAUGAAUUAUGAACGAUAUACUAAUAAUGGUUUUAGCGGAUAAGGCGCAUUAUGUUUUACGUUGAAGUUCCAAAAACAUGCUUAUUGUUGAACAAUUUACACAAUGUGAUGAUGAUAAUCAUAUACGAUAAUUACUUAAUUUGUUACGUGUAUGAUAUAUAGGAUUAUAUUAUAUAUUAAUAACAUGCCAUAAAUCUGCAUAUUGUAAUAUAUGGUCAAAUUUUGAUAUACCUAUGACAUGUUAUGAAUUGGGAUAAUUUCUUUAAUUUUCGAUUAUUUUCAGUGAGUUAAAAAUAUGUAUGUAACUAUAUACUUAAAAGCCAUAAUAAUAAUACAAUUCGUAUUAUUAUUCGACAGACAAUGCUGGCUUCAGAAAAAUGUAUAAACAGUUAAUCGUUUUAAGUUACCGUAGUAUGCGGUAGAAAUUGAUCAAACUUGUGUGAUUUGAUAAGGUGCAAACUUAAAAUGUGGAAAGGAUCAAAAAUUCUAGUCAUGUAAAAAAUGGACAUUUUUUGGCCAGUGGAUUAUAGUUUUCUAAAGUUACAGACAUUAUACCUGUCGCAGAUAUAAACUCGUCGUGCAUUAUUAUGAUUUAUUUAUUAAAUUUAAAAGUACAUACGUACUCAAGUGUUAGAAAGUUUGAGUUGUUGAAAUUAUGACAAAUAAAUAAAAUAAAAUAACUUUA